CAAAAAAAAAAAAGAGAGAGAGAAAUUUUGUCCAAUGAUAUAGUACAAGACGCCAGACUUGACAGGUCUCAUAUCCUGCUCUCACCAAUUUCCCAUUGUAAUUGAGCUUUUGCUGGGAAAUUGGAAACCAAAAGAUGAGCUGGUGGUGGUCUGGAGCUAUAGGCGCUGCCAAGAAAAAAAUCGAUCAAGAUGAUGCCCCAAUACAGAAGUAUCAAAGCGUUGCACUAAUCAUCGGAGUCACCGGCAUCGUCGGCAACAGCCUCGCCGAGAUCCUCCCUCUCUCCGACACCCCCGGUGGUCCUUGGAAGGUCUACGGCGUCGCUCGCCGUCCUAGACCGUCCUGGAACGCCGACCACCCUAUUGAGUACAUCCAAUGCGACAUCUCAAACCCUGAAGAUUCGCAAUCCAAACUCACUCUUUUCUCUGACGUCACUCACGUUUUCUACGUGACUUGGGCCAGUCGAUCCACAGAGAUCGAAAACUGUGAAACCAAUGGGGAAAUGUUCAAAAAUGUACUGAAUGCUAUUAUUCCCAAUUGCCCCAAUUUGUCUCACAUCUGUUUGCAAACGGGUCGAAAACACUAUCACGGCCCGUUUGAAUUGUUCGGAAAAGUAGGACAUGAUACCCCACAUCACGAGGGUUUGCCCCGUUUACCCGUACCCAAUUUCUACUACACUCUUGAGGAUAUUUUAUUUGAGGAGGUGAAAAAGAAAGAAAAAUUAACAUGGUCAGUUCAUAGGCCCGGGUUGAUAUUUGGGUUUUCACCCUAUAGCUUAAUGAAUAUUAUUGCAACUCUGUGUGUUUAUGCAGCUAUAUGUAAACAUGAGGGGUUGAAAUUGAAAUUUCCAGGAGUUAAAUCAGCGUGGGACGGGUACUCGGACUGUUCAGAUGCGGAAUUAAUUGCAGAGCAUCAAAUAUGGGCGUCAGUGAAUCCUAAUGCAAAGAAUGAGGCAUUUGAUGUAAGCAAUGGGGAUGUGUUUAAGUGGAAGCAUUUGUGGGGGAUAUUAGCUGAGGAAUUUGAAGUGGAAGCUGAAGAAUUUGAUGAAAAGAAGAAGAGAUGGAGAUUGGAGGAGAUGAUGAAGGAUAAAGGAGAAAUUUGGGAUGAGAUUGUGAAGGAGAAUGGAUUGGUGCCUAAUAAAUUAGAGCAAGUUGGAGGUUGGUGGUUUGUUGAUAUUGUUCUUAGUGGAGAGUGUCCUUUGGAUACUAUGAACAAGAGUAAAGAACAUGGCUUUUUGGGUUUUAGGAACUCCAAAAAUGCCUUCAUUUCAUGGAUUGAUAAAGUGAAAGCCUACAAAAUUGUCCCUUAAUUAGUUUGAUUUUCUUUACUACUCAUAUAAGUUAAAGUUGUGGGAUAUAUGGCUAAGUGGAUGUAAACUUUUAAGUUUAGUCCUCUAUUACACUUGAACACCGAAGAAAAUAUCAAAUUUUUGUAGAAGCCAAGUGGAAGGAAAAGUUUAAAGAGAUAAGACAAGUCCAGCAAGAACCAUUUUCCAUUUGAUGAACAAGUGACUGGUGAAUUUGCCUGGAAGAGAAAACAAUAUACCGAAUAACACAAAGUGAAAGGUAAAUAUUACUCCACUUAGUAUAUUAGAAGUAUUCACUUUGCCAAUUAUCGUAUACAGAAAAUGAAAGGUAAAUAGUAUACCAGAAGUCCUUGUGAUCAAUUGCCAUAUUCCGAAAAUUUCGCCUAUUUCUGUUAUAAGUAUUCAAUUUGUCAAUUAGAUGAACGAGUUACUUGAAAUUUUUGCCCAAUAGGCCUAGAGAAAGUUCCAAAUCUUUUUCACCCAAUGGAAACUGAUUCUCACACAAUACUACCCACUAUUCACUUAGACGUCAGUUGUGUUGAUAUGCAAUCAGUUAUACUGAUCUCA